AUGGCUGAGCAGCAAACUCCUACCUUCAAGCUUGUGCUUGUCGGUGAUGGUGGUACCGGCAAGACCACCUUUGUCAAGCGUCACUUGACUGGUGAAUUCGAAAAGAAGUACCUUGCUACCCUCGGUGUCGAGGUUCAUCCCCUCGGCUUCUCUACCAACUUCGGUCAGAUCCAGUUCGAUGUCUGGGAUACCGCUGGUCAGGAGAAGUUCGGUGGUCUCCGUGACGGUUACUACAUCAACGGCCAGUGCGGCAUCAUCAUGUUCGACGUUACCUCGCGCAUCACCUACAAGAACGUUCCCAACUGGCACCGUGACCUGGUUCGUGUCUGCGAGAACAUCCCCAUUGUUCUCUGCGGUAACAAGGUCGACGUCAAGGAGCGCAAGGUCAAGGCCAAGACUAUCACUUUCCACCGCAAGAAGAACCUCCAGUACUACGAUAUCUCGGCCAAGUCCAACUACAACUUCGAGAAGCCCUUCCUGUGGCUCGCCCGCAAGCUCGUUGGCAACCCCCAGCUUGAGUUCGUUGCCGCCCCCGCUCUGGCUCCUCCCACUGCCCAGGUCGACAAGGAUCUCCUUGCCAAGUAUGAGGAGGAGAUGAACCAGGCCGCCACCACUGCGCUGCCUGACGAGGGCUCCGAUGACGAUCUGUAA